AUGAUCGACAGAAAGAUCGGAGACAAACCCAUCAACUUCGAAGUCACUAUCGGUUACUAUGGCAACGAGGCAGACUCUGUGAUCCAGCCCAAGUCCAAAGGAAAGACCGGAGACCAGGAUGAGACCGAGCUGAUCCCUCAGUCUAGCGACGAGGAGCUGGAGGAGGACGGGGAUUACCAGUCUGUGUCUGUGACUCCGCCCAUGAAGCCUGUGGUCACCGACAGAAACUACUUCCACCUGCCGUACUUCGAGAGGAAGCCCUGUGUUUACAUCAAGAGCUGGUGGCAGGACCAGAGGAGGCGGCUCUUCAACGCCAACGUCAUUGACAACAUCGCAGAUAAACUGGAGCAUCAGGACCAGAGGAGGCGGCUCUUCAACGCCAACGUCAUUGACAACAUCGCAGAUAAACUGGAGCAUCAGGCACAUCAGGAGCCUCAGGCACGUCAGGAGCAGCAGGAGAAUCAGGCACGUCAGGAGCAUCAGGCACGUCAGGAGCAUCAGGCACGUCAGGAGCCUCAGGCACGUCAGGAGCAGCAGGAGAAUCAGGCACGUCAGGAGCAUCAGGCACGUCAGGAGCAUCAGGCACGUCAGGAGCCUCAGGCACGUCAGGAGCCUCAGGCACGUCAGGAGCAUCAGGCACGUCAGGAGCAUCAGGCACGUCAGGAGCCUCAGGCACGUCAGGAGCAUCAAGCACGUCAGGAGCAUCAGGCACGUCAGGAGCAUCAGGACCAGAGGAGGCGGCUCUUCAACGCCAACGUCAUUGACAACAUCGCAGAUAAACUGGAGCGGCAGGAGCGGCAGGAGAAUCAGGCACGUCAGGAGCCUCAGGCACGUCAGGAGCAUCAGGCACGUCAGGAGCAUCAGGCACGUCAGGAGCCUCAGGCACGUCAGGAGCAUCAGGCACGUCAGGAGCCUCAGGCACGUCAGGAGCGGCAGGAGCAUCAGGCACGUCAGGAGCCUCAGGAGCAUCAGGCACGUCAGGAGCAUCAGGCACGUCAGGAGCGGCAGGAGCAUCAGGCACGUCAGGAGCGGCAGGAGCGGCAGGAGAAUCAGGCACGUCAGGAGCCUCAGGCACGUCAGGAGCAUCAGGCACGUCAGGAGCAUCAGGCACGUCAGGAGCAUCAGGCACGUCAGGAGCAUCAGGCACGUCAGGAGCCUCAGGCACGUCAGCAGCCUCAGGCACGUCAGGAGCGGCAGGAGCAUCAGGCACGUCAGGAGCCUCAGGAGCAUCAGGCACGUCAGGAGCAUCAGGCACGUCAGGAGCAUCAGGCACGUCAGGAGCAUCAGGCACGUCAGGAGCAUCAGGCACGUCAGGAGCCUCAGGCACGUCAGGAGCAUCAGGCACGUCAGGAGCCUCAGGCACGUCAGGAGCCUCAGGCACGUCAGGAGCAUCAGGCACGUCAGGAGCCUCAGGAGCGGCAGGAGCAUCAGGCACGUCAGGAGCAUCAGGCACGUCAGGAGCCUCAGGCAUGUCAGGCACGUCAGGAGCAUCAGGCACGUCAGGAGCGGCAGGAGCAUCAGGCACGUCAGGAGCCUCAGACACGUCAGGAGCGGCAGGAGAAUCAGGCACGUCAGGGGCAUCAGGCACGUCAGGAGCCUCAGGUACGUCAGGAGCAUCAGGAACGUCAGGAGCCUCAGGCACGUCAGGAGCAUCAGGCCUCAGGCACGUCAGGAGCCUCAGGCACGUCAGGAGCAUCACGCACGUCAGGAGCAUCAGGAGCGGAGGAGGGUCUGAACGACGUGCAGGAAGUCAUCAAGACCGAGAAGGCCUAUCCCGAGCGCCGCCUCAGGGGGGCGCUGGAGGAGCUGAGCCACGGCUGCAGGUCUGUUCUGGAGCCAGGACCAGAGCCACGUUCAGACCGGACCAGACUGCGGCGGGUUUAG